AUGGCUCCUGAAUCCGCCUCCGCCAUGGCUGGCCAGGCUCGUAUGCGUGUUAAAGAAACCGAACAAGAGCAUAUUACCAGAGAGAACUCAGGUUUUGCCGCAUUCGAAGCAGACAUGCCUAAACUCGCCAACCGAUUCAGCUUUUCCCUCAAAGACAACCUCUCCUCCUACCUUGGUGCCAAGAAUCCUUUCUACACCAACGUUAACCCGGAUACCGACUACGUAUGGAUACUAGACACCACCGCCUACCAGAACCGCCUAGGAAGGUGGAAGGCGGAACUUGUUGCCGCCUACUUUGUCAAGAACAGUGGCAAGGAUCUCUCCAAGAUCGUCGCAUGGGUCUCUGAGAAGAUUGGUCUGGCAGACGAUGAACAGGCCAGGGCUACCGUCGCACAGAGGCUCCAGCCCUUUGCAGACCAAAUUCUUCCUGCGCAUUCUGUUCAGAUUGAUCUACUUGGCCUCAACACCAGACUGGGUCCUAGCGGCCGCGACGGCAUCAGCUCGGAUGAGUUGGCUAUUCCUGGAAACGACUACAAGGACGGCCAGGUCAAUAAGCUCAAGGCUACCAACAAUGAUGCGACACCAUUCAAUAUCACUUUCGCGAAGCCUACAGGCUGGGCCGUACUCUCCGAUGUCGACGACACCAUCAAGAAGACUCUGACCUCGUCACCUGUCGGCAUCCUUACCACCACCUUCGCAGAGGAGCCAGAGCCUAUCAAGGGUAUGCCAGAGUUGUACAGGCACAUUGUACAAAAGCUUGACAACCCACCCUUUUGGUAUCUCUCCGCGUCACCAUACAACCUCUACCCAUUUCUGCGCAAGUUCCGUGAGCAAUACUACCCCAAUGGAACUAUGAUCCUACGCGAUGCUAGCUGGAUGAAUCUGGCUGGCUUCCUUGCGAACCUGACACAGGGCACUGAAGCCUACAAGGUUGAUCGCAUCGAGAAGGUCCACAGCUGGUUCCCCAAGCGCAAGUUCAUUCUCAUUGGCGACUCGACACAAACAGACCCUGAAUCAUACGGCGAAGCCUACCGAAAGUUUGGCAAGAACUGGAUCGGUGCCAUUUACAUCCGCAAGGUGACGGGUGUUGCAGAGAUGGAUGAGGGCAACAAGAACAGCCCAGAACGUUUCGAGAAGGCUUUCAAGGGUGUCCCCAAGGGUGUCUGGUACGUCUUUGAGGAUGCACAGGAGCUAUAUGCGAAGAUUGAUAGUUUGCCUGCCAUCAAGUAA